CAGGAAUUAAGAGACUUUAGACAAACAAUGCGCGCCCCUGACUCCGUCACAAGGCUGGACACAGUAAACAGAACGUCGUUUCGACACGCUUAUUCCUUAACGAACUUAACUAACCGAUUUGCAUCCUCUCCUGCGACACUGCAGAAAUUGGCUAAUCGAGAAGCCGAGUCUGCUGAUUCCGUACAAACCGGAUUCACCAAUUCAUCCGAGUCGGUCCAAGUUCUCAGGCCUAUCCCACCAAUCCCUACAUGUCAGAAGUCCUUCAUAUCGUCCAUAAUAUCUCCAUAAUAUAUCGCAUACCUUCGAAAAUGAUUGUAUUUACACACUUACUUCACUUACUUUUGAAAAAUACUCGAUUUGUACUUUAGAUAUAAAUGUCUAUGAAUAGUUGUUUAAGAUUUAAUAAAAGAAGAGGAUCCUGAAUCAUCUUUAUAAUGUCUAAUAAUCAAUAUAUGUAUUAUGAGUUAGGGUAUAUUAAAGUUGUGUUAUUUAAAAUGUAAUUCUCAUUCACUUUCUGAUAGCUCAGUCAAUCGUAAUAAAGAUCAUUUAAAGCAAUAG